AUGAAGCGUGGGAAACGCUUGGAUCCCCCGUCAGACGAAAGCAGCACUCCAAGAACGCUCAAAAGAACCCAUGAAUGCUCAGAGUGCGGGAAAUCCUUUGCUCGCAGGUCCCUCCUUUUGACCCACAGGAAGGUCCAUGUGGGAAGUGGACCCACUGAAGGUUUGGAGGGUGAGAAAUCUUUCUCUGGGAAAAGCUCCAAAGAUCUUAGAAGCCUCCCAACACUAAAACCCUAUAAAUGUGAGGAAUGUGAGUUAUGCUUUAGUCAAAAGUCGAGCCUUCGUACACAUUGGAAAAUCCACACUGGAGAGAAACCUUAUGAAUGUCUGGAAUGUGGGAAUUUUUUCUGUGAAAAAGCCACCCUCAGAAACCACGAGAGGAUUCACACAGGGGAGAAACCUUACAAGUGUUGGGAAUGUGGGAAGAGCUUUUCUCAGAACUCAAGUCUUUGGAUCCAUGAGAAGGUUCAUGCGGGAAUAAAAUCUUACAAAUGCUUUGAGUGUGGAAAAUGUUUCACCCAGAGUUCAACUCUUCGGAGUCAUGAGAAGACACAUGCAGGAAUAAAACCUUACAAGA